GUCUAAAGAGUAAAGAGACAGUUUCAAUUUGGUUAAUUUUAUUACCUAGUUGACGUUUGUGAUUAACUCACUUAUCUUCCAAGCAAAAUGAUGAAACUAGUGAUCGCUUCGUCUCUGGUGGCCAUGGUUCUGGCAUCGCCGCUCGCUCCCUCCCUUCACCAGAAUCCGGAUGCCCAUGCACAGAUUUUGUCCUACGAAAAUGUACUGCACGAGGAUGGCCACUACAAGUGGGGCUACCAGACGAGCAACGGAAUUGCCGCCCAUGAGGAAGGUCUCGGAUCGCAUGCCGCUAACGGAGAAUUCGCCUACACCGGCCCGGAUGGCCAGCAGUACCGUAUCGUUUAUGUGGCCGAUGAGAAUGGAUUCCGUCCCCAGGGUGCUCAUAUUCCGACUCCACCCCCCACCCCAGACCAUGUGAUCAGGUCGCUGGAGCAGAUCCGUGCCAACCCACCCAAGGACCAGAAGGACUUCAGCAUCGAAGCCCUAGAUGCUACCCUGGCCCGGCUGAGACACUAA